AUGAACGGACGGAGGUCAGAUGCAUCUACUUCCACCGAGGACGAUUUGAGGGCGCGGCCCUUGUGUCUGUUUUACUUCACGCAUCCUUUCGGUGUGCUGUCCCCGGAGCCUCCGACGUUGGCAGCGGCGCCUGCGCACAUCGCACGAGCUUUUGUCAACAUGGAACCGGUUUCUCCUAUGCACUUUUGGGCGUCUUCCACCACAGACUCCUACGAUACAGCUCCGACUUCGUCCUCGAAGCUCAGUUUCGACUUGGGCAACACUAAAGUGCAUAAAAACCCUGUGAAUCUAGUGAGUGUAACUAACACGAGGAAGUGUACGAUAGAGUUGGGUGCGCGGACAUCUCUGUCGUCGUCGCUGUUGUCCAGUGACAUGUGGUUCAGUUCGAGUUCGGGAUCGCGCGGCCCCGUGGCCGCCCGCCGUGUGGUACCGUAUCACAGGAUACUGCCACCGCUUCAUUUGCCGGUCCCACAAGACUCCUCUCCCUCCUAUAGUUCGGAUGACGUUUGGCCGAAAAAAUAUUUGAACCCCGCCAAAUUUUCCCUUCCUCCGAUCGAAAUGCCAGUGCAACCAAAAAGGAUAAAAUGCAAAAAAGUGAACAAACAGAGUGAUGAGAUAUCGAGUGUAGACAAUGUGAGUGUGAGAGAGGUGAGAUCACGAAGACGUAUGGGUAUCAGUAAACACAAGCGGAGGAGGCGCACAGCACAGUUGAGCGACGUGCGCAGACUCGUCACGAGGCUCAUUACCAGGGCCGUGAAAGGUAUGCUAGAUCUUUAA